AUGGAUCACAAAAACUUAGAAAAUACUUCGUCGACCACACCCAUGUUGGGUAAAGAAGAAAACGAAAAAGUAAUAAUUAUACCUAAGAUUUUAAUAAGGGAAGACACCAUUUUGGCCAAUCUGCAGGGAUGCGCAGGAUGCGGUGGUGCUAAAUUCACAUGCGCAGGAGCGCAUAAGCAAUGGUCCGUUCUCUGUUGGGGACGGCAGUCUGAUAGAAAAUAUUAUUGCUUGGUAACGCUGCUAUCGGCAACGUUUGUUCUGAGCUUGAUUGGAACUGUAUUCUUUUGCUUCACGAACACAAUCAACGAUGCCGUAUUAUCAAACAUGGUAAUCAGAAAUAAUUCCCUAGCUUAUUCGAUGUGGAAGGAGCCGCAAGUGGAACCACUCAUGAAAGUGCACCUCUUUAAUUAUACCAACUGGGAAAGAGUACGAGAUGGCCUGGAUGAGAAGUUACACGUUGAAGACGUCGGGCCUUAUGUGUAUGCACAGCAAAUAGAACGAGUGAAUGUCGACUUCUUAGGGGACAAGCUGGCGUUUCAAGAAAAAAAUACCUUCAGAUACAUGCCCUUGAGAACAAAAGGAAGCGCUCAUUCUGAUAAAGUUUUUAUUCCUAAUCUACCUUUGAUUGGCGUUGUCUCCAAAGCAAUAGACGUGAACCUGAAUUCGUUGACCCAGUUUAUGCUCAACACAGCACUGAAGCAGUGCAACCAUCCUGACGCCUUCAUUAAACUACCUGUUCAUAACUUCUUGUGGGGCUAUGACGAUGAUAUAAUUGACAUCGCGAAACCUGUAUUGAGUCUUUCUGGUAAACUUAACUUCGAAAACUUCGGUCUUUUGGCAACUAAAAAUGGCACAGUAUCAGACCGCCUGACAAUCAACACGGGCGAGAACGACAAAGACCGAAUGAAUGUAAUUGAAAAGCUCAACGGAGAAGAUCAUCUCAACUACUGGUCCAGUCCUGAAUGCAACAGCCUUGAGGCAACUGACGGCACGAUCUUCCCCCCAUCAAUGUUAGACCGAAAGAGACCACUGCACGUGUUCUACCCUCAGCUAUGCCGACGGCUGCCUUUCCAGUAUGAAAAGGACAUUGAAAUUGCAGACGGAAUCCAGUUAAUGCGGUAUCAAAUGCCGCACAACGUUUUCGACGACCCCGUGCUCAACAAGGACAAUGACUGUUUCUGUCAAAUUGAGCAGUGUCCGCCGAGAGGUGUCAUCAAUGUGACUGCGUGUGCUAUGGGUAAGUGCGUAGCGAGUCCUAAGUUCUCAUAUGCCAAAUAA